GUCAUCCUGACAGCAGGGAAUUCAGUGCUCUUUGAAGCAGAAGGAAAAUCUCAGUUUCUUGAAAUCUUACUAAACUCUUUCCUCAUCCUACCUACCUACGAACUAUAUUUCGAUUCAGUCUACACCUAACAUCGUGCCUCUAAUCUGAAUCCUGAACCGAACGCCAAAAAGUUUUACCAAAAGAACCGCCAGAGCUCAAAACUCCAUCUUGCUUUGAAACUCCAGUGAAAUGGCCAAUUCUUGCGGAUCAACAACCAUGAACAGCGUGCUGGCAUUGGAGAAACAGCUCAUGGAGAAGAAUAGAUAUCUGGAUCUAAUCAUAAAAGAGUGCCAGGAUAAGCCUAUGGUCAAAACGAGUCCUGUUUUUAAGCAGCGUUUCGACUCCCAGGAACAAGUAGAGGACCUUUUUAUGGCCCUGCAACAACAUGUCAAUUCCAUCCGAAAACUAACUUCACAUUGUCCUGCAGUGCAGUCCCUUGAAAACGGAAUUGAGUCUUUGGAAAAUGGAAUUGAAAACCAAGACAUAAAAGAAAUAAAAACGGGCGUCACGCCGCCGGUCUUAGAAAUUGGCAAAAAGCGACGUUUUUGGAACUGCAAAUAUUUGAGGGACGACUAUAUCGAGCAAUUUAGGCGUAGGGCGGCUCAAAGAGCCGAAAUAAAUAUGAAGCACUUGAAUGAGGCAAAUGAGAUGUUUCUCAGAACCAAAAACAGGCGCAUAGCCUACGAAGGCGGCUUAUUCAAGAAGCUUCUCUUGGAGGAAGUCAUGCCGAAGUCCAUCCAUGUCAUAGAGGAGGUACAAGUCAGCACCGAGCUAACUCCGCUGACCAAGGUGCAACAGGAUCGGCGGGUGGCAUUGUCUGAGGGUCCGCUGAAGCAGGUAAUUGUGACCAAGUUCAAGUUGGACAUCCAUCGCAGCGAAAUCAAAAUCCUGACUGAAGGCGCCUGGCUCAACGACGUAAUAAUUAACUUCUACAUGAACCUACUGGCCGAGCGAUCGGAGAAGCGUCCUGGUCAGGUGCCCAGCGUGUAUGCCAUGAACACUUUCUUCGUGCCCCGCCUGCUGCAGAGUGGUUUCGAUGGCGUCAAACGCUGGACUCGCAAGGUGGAUCUCUUUAGCAAGGACAUCAUACUUGUGCCUGUUCACCACAGCGGCGUUCACUGGUGCCUGGUCGUAAUCGAUUUGCGUGCAAAAACAAUGCUGUACUACAAUUCAAAAGGCGGCGGCAAUCCGAAGGUGAUGCGUGCACUUGAAAAAUAUCUGCGUAUGGAGUCGUUGGACAAGCGGGAGCUACCUCUGGACACCAACGACUUUCGCAUCGAGCAUGCUCGGGAUGUGCCGCAACAGGACAACAUGGACGAUUGCGGCGUUUUCACCUGCAUGUUCGCGGAAUACCUAACGCGGGAUGCUUCAAUAACGUUCUGCAAGGAUGACAUGAACUAUUUCCGUAUUAAGAUGGUUCUGGAGAUUGCCGACGGCGAGCUGUGGCAGUAGUCGUUCUGCUAUAGAUUUUAUAAGACUUUAUUUCUUACUUAACUUUACAGUUUCUAGCUUACUUAUUUAUAAGUUGAGCGGUCUAUACAAUAAACUAAAAUCGAAAAUAG